UGCAAGUGCUGAUAUAUUAAGAAACAUUUUAGUUUCAAAGUGAGUGCAUUCUGCAGCUCAGGUGAAGGUGAAGUUCCCUUUUAAAACGUUUUUAGAAUUGUUUUUGUGAAAUUGAGAAGUUUUACUGUCUAGAUCUGCUGAACUGAUCAAACUGACAGGAUCCCAGAUGGAGAAUCCAGCAUUCGAGAAGUCUAAAGACGAUCCUCCGCUUUACGAGGAGACCUCAUUUUCUGCUAACGAUUAUGGAAACGUGGAGCAUCGCUCCAUCAGGCCAUCGGUGGUGAGCGCAUUCGGCCACAACACGCUGGACCGAGCGCCCAACAUCAACUUUUACCGGAACGCCGGGAGCGUGAGCGGACAGCGAGCCAUCAGACCAUCACUGCAGGAGCUUCACCAGGUCUUCAACAAGAAUGGAGAUGUGGAUAUCUCUGACACACUGGAUGACAGUGAAGGCAGUGAUGUUUUACCCAGUGAUGAUCUUGAAGCUCCUCCCCCUGCAGAGGACGAAGCGGGAGGGAUUAAAUUUGGCUGGAUUAAAGGAGUACUGGUGAGGUGUAUGCUGAAUAUUUGGGGUGUGAUGCUUUUCAUUCGUCUCUCGUGGGUCUUUGGGCAAGCCGGAGCAGGUUUGGGGAUUAUUAUAGUUUUACUCAGCAUGGUGGUCACCACACUCACCUGUCUGUCCAUGUCAGCCAUCUGCACUAACGGAGUCGUACGAGGAGGAGGAGCAUACUAUCUGAUCUCACGCAGUCUGGGUCCAGAGUUUGGUGGCUCUAUCGGUCUGAUCUUCGCAUUUGCUAACGCUGUAGCCGUAGCGAUGUACGUUGUGGGAUUUGCGGAGACCGUCGUGGAUCUGCUCAAGGUGAAUAAUGCCAUCAUGGUGGAUGAAGUAAACGAUAUCAGGAUUAUUGGCUGCAUCACUGUGGUGCUGCUGCUCGGGAUCUCGGUAGCCGGGAUGGAGUGGGAGGUCAAGGCUCAGAUUGUGUUGUUGGUGAUUCUCCUGGCUGCCAUUGGGAAUGUGUUUGUGGGGACUGUGAUUCCCGCCACAAAGGACAAAGAAAGCAAAGGCUUCUUCAACUACCAUGCGUCCAUCAUGGCCGAGAACUUUACUCCAGAUUUCCGCGAUGGGGAAACAUUUUUCUCCGUCUUCGCCAUCUUCUUCCCGGCAGCGACAGGAAUUCUAGCAGGAGCGAACAUUUCUGGAGAUCUGAAGGAUCCCCAGGCUGCUCUUCCCAUCGGCACACUGCUGGCCAUCUUCAUCACAGGAAUUACGUACCUCGGCAUUGCGCUGUGUGUGUCUGCGACAGUCGUGCGAGAUGCCACAGGAAAUGUAAACGACACCAUCACUCCAGGUUCAAGCUGCAAUUUCUCAGCUGCCUGCGAUUUCGGCUAUGACUUUUCUGCAUGUGCAGUCACCAAGUGCCAGUACGGCCUGAUGAACAACUUCCAGGUGAUGACGAUGGUGUCUGGGUUCGGACCCCUCAUCACUGCAGGAACGUUUUCUGCUACUCUCUCUUCUGCACUCGCCUCCCUCGUCAGUGCUCCAAAAGUCUUCCAGGCUCUGUGUAAGGAUAAUAUCUACAAAGCGCUGCAUUUCUUCGCUAAAGGUCACGGUAAAAAUAACGAACCCAUCCGAGGAUACGUGCUCACCUUCCUCAUCGCCGUGGCCUUCAUCCUCAUCGCGGAGUUGAACGUCAUCGCUCCCAUCAUCUCAAACUUCUUCCUGGCCUCCUACGCCCUCAUUAACUUCUCCUGCUUCCAUGCCUCCUAUGCUAAAUCCCCAGGCUGGAGGCCGGGGUAUAAGUACUACAACAUGUGGUUGUCUCUGUUCGGGGCGGUGUUGUGUUGUGCUGUGAUGUUCGUCAUUAACUGGUGGGCUGCGCUUGUCACCUAUGCUAUUGAGAUGUUCCUGUACAUCUAUGUCACUGUGAAAAAGCCAGAUGUGAACUGGGGUUCCUCAACGCAGGCUGUGACCUUCGUGAACGCUGUGAACAAUGCGCUGACUUUAUCAGGAGUGAAUGAACACAUUAAGAACUUCAGGCCUCAGUGUAUGGUGUUAACUGGACCUCCUAAAACUCGGCCGGCUCUGCUGGAUCUCGCCCACUCCUUCACCAAAAACUACGGCCUCUGUAUUACCUGUGAAGUGUUUGUGGGUCCUCGAUUGGAGAAGCAGCAGGAGCUCAGUGAUUGUAUGGAACCGAAUCAGCUGUGGCUCAAUCAGCAGAAGAGGAAAGCGUUUUACGCCGCCGUAGCGUCCGACAGCUUUCGCGACGGAGCAGAGAGUCUGUUACAGGCAUCAGGAUUGGGGAGGCUCAGACCAAACACACUGAUGUUGGGGUUUAAGAGAGACUGGAAGACGGCAAACACUGAAGAUGUACAGGCAUAUGUCGGAGUUCUGCAUGAUGCGUUUGAUUUUGAAUACGGAACGAUGAUUCUGAGACUCAAUCAGGGACUGGACAUCUCACACAUCCUCGCAGCUGAAGAGGAGAUGGAGAGGAUGCUUCUGGAGCAGCAGGUGAUGGAGAUGGAGGAAAACGGCUUUCAGGAAGGAGGAAAAGGAUUUUUUAAAAGAAACAGAAAGUCAAAGAAAGCGCUGGCUCCUAAAGCUGUAGAACUGUCCCAGUCAUCUGAUGUGUUGAAGAUAAACCAGCGUUUAAUGGAGGCCAGCUCUCAGUUUAAGAGGAAGCAGGGGAAAGGAACCAUUGACGUGUGGUGGUUAUUUGAUGAUGGAGGUCUGACUCUGUUACUGCCCUACAUACUGACCACCAGGAAGAAGUGGAGAGACUGUAAACUGCGGAUCUUCAUCGCAGGACAACUGGAUCGUGUACAGCAGGACGAAGAAGAAAUCCAGUCUCUGCUGAAAAAAUUCAGGAUCAAAUGCACAGACAUCAUCAUCAUCACUGAACUCCAUAUCAAGCCCUCUUCAGAAAACUGGAAGCUGUUUGAGGACAUGAUCGCACCAUUCCGGCUGUAUGAGGGUUCUAAGGACACGGCUCAGGCUGAAACUCUGAGGAAGGAGAACCCCUGGAAGAUCACAGAUGCUGAGCUGGACCGCUUCGAGGAGAAGACGAGUCUUCAGGUGCGUCUGAAUGAGUUACUGCAGGAGAGCUCCAGAGCAGCUAAACUCAUCAUAGUGAGCAUGCCCAUUGCACGUAAAGGCUCUGUAUCUGAUCACCUGUACAUGUCGUGGUUGGAGGCUCUGACUAAAAACUUGCCUCCCACUCUGCUGGUGCGCGGAAACCACAAGAGUGUUCUCACCUUCUACUCAUAAAGGCUGUGGUCCAAUCCCACUCUCUCACACUGUCCACUUACACUUUUGUCUCAGGAGUGUCUUUAAAGUCCAUUUAACCUGUAAUGUCCCUUUAAGAUUACAGAUGUAUUAACCUCUGGAUCACUUUCUCUCAUGACAUUAAAUGUAAAUUAUUAGCUCAUGACUUCUUUCCUUCCACCUGAUAGCCACGGGGUAUUAACCCCAGAGAAGUGGAUGAGGGUGCACUAAAAACAGGAAUGAGAUACAGCCUAUGAACAACACACCACUGCCCUCUAGUGGAACUGUAGAUCUAUAGCAAGAUUUAAUGUGUGUGUACUGCAGGUGAUAAUACGGGAAGCUGAAAGUAAAUAGUAAAAAGACGAUGAAAAGGAUAAAUGUAUAAAGAAUGUAAGAUUUAAUUAACUGCUACAUAUAUAAAGAAGAAAAUCACUGAAUAGAUGGAUGAAUGAAUUAAUAGAUGAAUAAAUAACAGGUGAAUGAAUGUUAAGGAUGAUAUUGAUGAAUAUUUGCAAGUAUGAAUGUGAAAGUUCCUGAUGGAUAAUGGAGUGACAGAUGGACGAUGGAUGGAGAAAAUGGGAGGAAAUGUAAUUAGAAAGACACUGAGUGGAGUUUUAUUGGCUUGUAUUUCUGCCCUACUUUUUUGUCUCUUUAUAAAAGCACCUAGUGAAAAUACAGCUAGGGAAAUAAAUAUACACAUUUCGAUCAAUUACAGAUCUCUAUAUUUAUAAAAGCUUCGGGUUCACAUAAUGAUUAAAUUUCACUCUGGAGAUUUUAGAUAUCAUACAUGUAUAUUCUUGGAAUUUACUCAAUAAAACAUUUGAAAAACCAUAA